AUGGCGUCUGAGAAAAUCGCCGACGUCUACGGAUCGGGCACGUUCACGGACAAGUCAUUCACGCCUGUCCCUGAGGACACCCAACGCAUCUUCCGCCUCCUAGCAAGCCAAACCCCCGGCUUUACGCAAGAUGAUGCCCUCUUGUCAAAAGUCCAAUUUACCGGCGAGGAUUAUCCAGUCAUCCCAGGCCCAAUAAAAGCCGUGUCUGUCGCCGCCGCCUUGCACGCCAUGACCGGUGUCCUGGCCGACGAGAUCCUGGCUUUGCGAGGAGUCAAGAAUGACGAGCGUCGCAUCGUCGUCAACACAACACACGUUUCUCUGUGGUUUGGCUGUGUCGCCACUGUCUACCUGAACGGCGUCGACGCCUUGACCCUGAGCAAGACAGGCGAGAUCAAGAAGCUCGUCCCAGACUGGGAAAGGGGAUGGACUGACACACCACUCAAAUACCGCACAACAGCGCUGUACCCAACGAGCAACCCUGAAGUGUGGUACUCUCUCCAUGGGAGCUUGAACGCGGAGCCCGUGCUGCGAUCCAUCGGCAUCGACCCGGCAGCACCGAUCAAGACCAACGAAGACGCGGCGCGUCUCAUCGCCGAGCACACGUCUAAGCUGAGCCCGGAGAAGCUCGAGAUGACCAACCUACUGAAUGGCUUCUGCGGCAGCGUCUGCUUUACGCCUAAGGAGUGGCGUGAGUCCGAGAUGGGCCGCACCCUGGCCGCACACCCGCUCGUCAACGUCAAGAGCCAGGACCACGCCGUGCCGACACCGCCCGUGGCCUUCCCGCCGUUGAACCCUAGCGACAGGCGGCCGCUCGCGGGCGUCAAGGUCGUCGAAAUGACGCGUGUCAUCGCGGGCCCCCAGAUCGGCACUAUCCUGGCCUCGUUCGGCGCCGAUGUCAUCCGCGUCAACCCGCCACACCUUCCCGACAUCACCAUCCUGCAGCUCACCCUCAACGCCGGCAAGCGCACCAUAGCCAUCGACCUGCGCAAGGAAGACGACGCCGCGCUGCUCAAGUCGCUCGUCGGCGAGUGCGACGUCUUCAUCCAGGGCUUCCGCCUCAACAAGAUGCCCAAGUACGGCCUUGGCCUGAACGACCUCCUCAAGGUUGCUGGCGACCGCGGCCGUAGCAUCGUGUACGUGAGCGAGAACUGCUACGGUCCCGAUGGGUACUACGCCGAGCGGCCUGGCUGGCAGCAGAUUGCGGACGCCGCGGCGGGAUCAGCCUAUGUUACGGGCAAGAGCCUCAAGCUGCCUAACAACGAGGCUGUCCUGCCUAGCUUGCCCAUCUCAGACAUGUCGACGGGUGUACUUGGCGCCGUCGGUGCUAUGCUGGGACUGAAGAGGAGGGCUACCGAGGGCGGCAGCUACUAUGCACAUGCUAGUCUCACAGGUGUCAACGCAUACGCGCUGACCGAGGAGAUCGGUUUAUAUCCAGAGAGCACUGUCGAGGAGUGCAAGGAGCGAUUUGCUUGGGGAGAGAUGAGGGGCCAGCACCAUGUGCUUGACCUGCUGGUGACGGUGUGGAAGGGAUGGAAGCAGGUGCUGGGUGAUUACCUACAACCUGAGAACGGCUGGUUCCAGAGCUUCGAGAACAGUGCUUUUGGUGGUCAAAGGCUGAGCGUCCUGAAGCCUGUUGUCAAGAUCGAUGGAGACGAGGGCACGACUCCGCAGUGGAGCUCUGGCAGUACGCCGUAUGCAUAUGAGAAGGCGCAAGAUGUGAAGUUCCGGUCAUGA